ACUGGCCGAGGGGGGCGGGCGGCUGGGGGAGGGGGUGACGGGCCCGGGCUCAGCACCUCGGAGAGCUCCCUCCCCGGCCUUGUUUUGCUCCGGAAUAGCCGCCGGGGCAGGGAACGAGGGGCCGGACACCAGGCGCAGAGGCAGCGGGAUGGCCGCGGUGGGGCUGACGGGCCCCGGCGGGCAGAGGGCCCAGUCGUGAUCCGGAGAGGGGUCCUGGGCGCCGGGCGGGGUGGGGGGCAGCGGGCGGCGGCAGUUGUGGCCGCACAUCUGGAUGGAAGCGAGCUUUGUCCAGACCACCAUGGCUCUGGGGCUGUCCUCCAAGAAAGCGUCUUCCCGCAACGUGGCCGUGGAGCGUAGGAACCUGAUCACCGUGUGCAGGUUCUCUGUGAAAACACUGCUGGAGAAGUACACGGCAGAGCCCAUCGAUGACUCAUCCGAGGAGUUUGUUAAUUUCGCAGCCAUUUUAGAGCAGAUCCUCAGCCACCGUUUCAAAGCCUGUGCCCCAGCAGGUCCAGUGAGCUGGUUCAGCUCAGAUGGGCAGCGGGGCUUCUGGGACUAUAUCCGGCUGGCCUGCAGCAAAGUGCCCAACAACUGUGUGAGCAGCAUCGAGAACAUGGAGAACAUCAGCACAGCCCGAGCCAAGGGCAGGGCAUGGAUCCGGGUGGCGCUGAUGGAGAAGCGCAUGUCGGAAUACAUCACCACAGCUCUGCGGGACACCCGGACCACCAGACGGUUCUAUGACUCUGGAGCCAUCAUGCUGCGGGAAGAAGCCACCGUCCUCACUGGGAUGCUGAUCGGACUGAGCGCCAUCGACUUCAGCUUCUGUCUGAAGGGCGAAGUCCUGGACGGGAAGACCCCCGUGGUCAUCGAUUACACGCCCUAUCUAAAGUUCACCCAGAGCUACGACUACCUGACGGACGAGGAGGAGCGGCACAGCGCCGAGAGUAGCACGAGCGAGGACAACUCGCCCGAGCACCCGUACCUGCCGCUCGUCACCGACGAGGACAGCUGGUACAGCAAGUGGCACAAGAUGGAGCAGAAGUUCCGCAUCGUCUAUGCGCAGAAGGGCUACCUGGAGGAGCUGGUGCGUCUGCGCGAGUCGCAGCUGAAGGACCUGGAGGCGGAGAACCGGCGGCUGCAGCUGCAGCUGGAGGAAGCGGCAGCGCAGAACCAGCGCGAGAAGCGAGAGCUGGAAGGCGUGAUCCUGGAGCUGCAGGAGCAGCUGACAGGUCUGAUCCCCGGUGACCACGCCCCCCUGGCCCAGGGUUCCAAGGAGCUAACCACGCCCCUGGUCAACCAGUGGCCUUCGCUGGGAACGCUCAGUGGGGCAGAGGGUGCCAGCAACUCCAAGCUCUACCGGAGACACAGCUUCAUGAGCUCGGACCCGCUGUCAGCUGAAGCUAGUCUAAGCUCGGACUCCCAGCGCCUGGGAGAGGGCAAGCGGGACGAGGAGCCCUGGGGCCCCAUCGGGAAGGACCCCACGCCCUCCAUGCUGGGCCUCUGCGGCUCCCUGGCCUCCAUCCCCAGCUGCAAGUCCCUGGCGAGCUUCAAAUCCAACGAGUGCCUGGUGAGCGACAGUCCCGAGGGCAGCCCAGCACUGAGCCCCAGCUGAGGAACGGCGUGGGCAGUGCCAGCCCCACCUGCCAGGGGCCAUGGACACCUACCACCUUUCUUCGAGUCCCCCAAUCCAGGCCAUCCUUCCAGAGAACGCUGCCCACCCAGCCAGGGGUCUCUCGGGGAAGACAACCCCAUCCUCUUGCCUGUCUUAGCUUCCUGCCAAGGCAGCUGCAACAGCAAGCUGGCUGAGCCAGAAGGCAGGGGUACCAAGGUCACAGGAGUUCCCUGGGGAAGCCUGUUUCAUUCUUCCCUAUGCCCGGCCAGCUCCCUUCUGGACUUUCCUUGCUCAUCUCGCUGACCCUCCUCAGGAGCUGGUGGCCCAUGCCUCUCCUGUCCCAUGUGUCCCCUGGAGUCACUCCUUUCCCAGCCCUGGGGCAGGGAGUCUGAAGGGAUCAGGCAAAUAAAAACCAGAGGACUGA